UCAGCGCCGAGCUCGCUCCGGCAGCGGCGGGAUAAAGCCGCGGCUGGCCGUCACACAACACUCCUUCCGUCGCUGUUCACUGACCGACUCGCUACAAUGGCCAGAACCAAGCAGACCGCCCGGAAGUCCACCGGCGGGAAAGCUCCCAGGAAGCAGCUGGCGACCAAAGCCGCCCGUAAGAGCGCCCCGGCCACCGGCGGAGUGAAGAAGCCUCACCGCUACAGGCCCGGUACCGUGGCUCUGAGAGAGAUCCGCCGGUACCAGAAGUCCACCGAGCUGCUGAUCCGCAAGCUGCCCUUCCAGCGCCUGGUCAGGGAGAUCGCUCAGGACUUCAAGACCGACCUGCGCUUCCAGAGCUCCGCCGUCAUGGCUCUGCAGGAGGCCAGCGAGGCUUACCUGGUCGGCCUGUUCGAGGACACCAACCUGUGCGCCAUCCACGCCAAGAGGGUCACCAUCAUGCCCAAAGACAUCCAGCUGGCCCGCCGCAUCCGCGGGGAGAGGGCUUAAACUGACCCCAGACCAGUUCACAAACACAACGGCUCUUUUAAGAGCCACUUACAUGUUCUAGAAGAGCAACACCUUUAUGAAUCUGCACUAUGGAGCAAUUACAA